AUGGCCAAGAUGAUUACGCAGAGAAUGAAACCCCUGAUGGAAGGUGUUAUCUCAGACACACAGAGUGCUUUUAUCCCUAAUCGGCUAAUUACUGAUAAUAUUUUAAUAGAAGCUGAGGUGGGACAUUUUUUGAAUAGAAAACAAUGUGGUAUUGGUGGAUGGGGAGCUCUUAAACUGGAUAUGGCUAAGGCAUACGAUCGUAUGGAAUGGCCUUUUUUGAAAGGGAUGCUUAAAGCCUUAGGAUUUGAUGAAAGGUGGGUGGAUUUGAUCAUGUUGUGUGUUACCACAGUCUCCUACAGGUUUCUGGUAAAUGGAUCGCCUACGGAGGCAAUAUUGCCCACUCGUGGUCUCAGACAGGGAGAUCCUUUAUCCCCGUAUCUGUUUAUCAUUUGUGCAGAAGGCCUUUCUCUAUUAUUACAGCAGGCACAGGCUAAUGGUGUAAUUCAUGGAUGUAGAGUGGCACGAGCUGCGCCCCCGGUCUCCCAUUUGUUUUUUGCUGAUGACAGUUUACUAUUUUUUAAGGCAAAUGUGCAGGAAGCUUCUGAGAUUAAGAAUAUUUUGACUACUUAUGAGAGCUUAUCUGGGCAAAUGGUCAACUAUCAGAAAUCUAGUAUUUGCUAUAGUAAGAAUACUAGUGGGGCUGAUAGGGAUAUAGUGGCACAGACCCUUGGGGUGGUUCAGGCUCCGAAUUUUGGAAAGUAUUUGGGGUUACCGGCAUUUGUGGGGAAAAAUAAGAAAAUGGCAUUUGCUUAUAUUGAAGAUAAAAUCAAACAGAGAAUUGGCUCAUGGAAUAAGAAGCUCCUAACGCAAGCUGGGAAGGAAAUUUUAUUGAAAAGUAAAUAUGGAGGUCUGGGGUUUAAGGAUUUAAGAGCAUUUAAUUUGGCUAUGCUAGGAAAACAAGCAUGGAAGUUUCUUACCAAUCCUGAGUCUUUGGUGGCCCGCAUUUAUAAAGCUAGGUAUUUUCAUGACCGCCCAUUUAAUGAAGCAUGUCUAGGGAAUAAUCCUAGCUAUUGUUGGAGGAGUAUUAUGGCAGCCAAAGACCUAAUAAUUGGUGGGGUGAGACGCCGUGUUGGAAAUGGUAACUCAACGCUAAUAUGGAAGGAUCCUUGGUUACAGGAUGAAAUGGAUCCUAUGAUCCAAACGGAGAUGCCGCCACAAUUGAUAGAUGCAAAGGUUUCUGGUUUAAUUGAUCAGACGACCGGUACAUGGGACCCACACAUUUUAUCUGAUAUUUUUGACCCAAGUGAUGUGCCAAGAAUAUUGAAAAUACCUAUCUCCCCGGAAUAUGAUGAUACAUGGUAUUGGUAUGAUGACCCCAAUGGAUGCUACUCGGUCAAAAAUGGAUACAGGCACGUAGUAGGUAUUUAUGAGAGUAGCUCGGGCUUCGAUAAAUGGGACACUAUAUGGAAGCUACGAAUACCACCCAAAUGGAGAAUGUUUUUAUGGAGAGCUAUAAGUAAUAUCCUUCCUACAACCAACAACUUGCUUAUAAAGAGAGUGGAUGUUGAUCCGAUAUGUGCCAUGUGUGGAUUGAUAAAUGAAGAUCUGGAAUUCUAUACAAUAUUUGGAGAGCCCGGAACGGAGCGGUAUGGGAUGCAUGCCUACACCUGCCGAGAAGAGUUGUGUUAUCAACUCGAACCAUGGCUAGCGGUACGCGAUGUCACCGCCCACCGCACAAGCCAACAGCCUGCUGCAUUGCCGGCCGUGACCUUUGCCGCCCCACUGCCCAGUUCGCCAUCUGCGAUUGGCUCGACAGUCACACUGCCACAUUCGCCCACACGCCAGGAACACUCCGCAUACCCGAAGCAAUGUUACGUAGACGCGGGAUACAAUGCAGAUAUGAAGAUAGCCACAGCCGGCAUCCUAUUACUAGACCAUAUUGGAAGAUAUGUUUCGGCUUACUGUGUGCCACCACAAGCUUGUUUCUCACCUCUUAUGGCCGAGACCCUAGCAUGUAAGGAAGCGUUAUCGUGGCUCAAACAACGUGGUGAACAAGUGGUUCAAAUCUAUACGGACUGUCAGACGUUGCGAACCAACCUCGAGUCUUCAAUCCAACCUCGAUCUUAUCUUGGCUAUGUCCUUGAUGAGUGCAGACGCCUUAUAGCUACUUUUAAUUUCGUUUCAGUUAUAUUUAUUCCUAGAUCACAGAACGUUAUGGCACACGACUUAGCAUCAGAUGCCUUUAUUUAUUCUACACCUAUGUACUGGGAUGGGAUCCCGCCUGACUCUAUUUCGAUUCAUAUAUAA